AUGGCCUUUCCUCCCCUGGAGAACCACUACCACAACCACUAUGGAGACUCGGAGGCAGGUGCUGUUGUGCCCCAUGUGCCUGGAGAUCUUCACGCCCCCCCAUCCUGGGUCCUGCCCUGCAUGCACAACUUCUGCUCCACCAAAACUGUCACCACGUCAUUGUUGACCACAGAGCCUGAAACUGAAAAGCUGAUUAGUGAGCUAGCAGCCAGUGCUACAGACACCAAGGACGUGAUCAGCACAGCUGGACUGGCAUUGCUGAAGGGCAUUCGGUACCGAAUGGCUGAGCUGCAGUCCAGAUUGCACCACGACUACUCCACAAAGCUGGAGAAGCUGCAGGCCAUCUCUAACAAGGCCAAAGCCUUUGGACGGCUUUACCAGCAAAUGGAAGCCCUCCUGGAACAGAAUGAAAAUUCUGUCCAGUUCCUACAGGAAGACACAAAAAAAAAUAUCAAAGAAAAGGUAGAAAAAGCACUAGAAGGAAAAGCCUCGAACCAGCGGGAACCAAAGCAUAAAAUUUCCAUGCAAGAGUAUUUUGAAGAGCUCAUCGGGGGAAUCAAUAUCAAGGCUUCUGUCUCCACUGCGUGCGAGGAGGUGCUUCCCAGCACCACUGACCUAACAGAGAUGUGUCGGCCCAAAGGUCCCGCCUUCGAGUUUUCCGAUGAGGGUCCCGACCACCCCUUUCUGCAAGAAAGUGCUGCAGGAAGGUUCUGA